UAUGACAUUAAGUAAGAAACGCCCUUUUUCAUUCUCUCACAAUCACCCUAAACCCAAACCGCCCGUCGUUUGUUUUCUCACAAUCGCAAAGCCAAACACCAAAAUCUACACAGCCAUGGACAUCGUCUCAUCUUUGGAGUGCCUGAAAUUCGAUUCCCAAUCGGAGUUCCUCUAUAAGGACAGCGGCAGAAAGGACCUUUUCUCGCCAGCUAUGGUCCCCAUCAACUGCGAAACGUCAAUAAUCAGAUUCAAGGCUGAUGAAUCUGAGCCUGAAGAAUAUGAGGAUGAAGAAUUUCUGUCUGAUGAAUCAGAGGCUAAAGAACUUAUUGGGAGCACUUCUCUUGAAUCAGAAGCUGAUGAAUCGGAGAGUGAUGAAUUGGAGCCUAGCAAACUUAUUGGUCAUGAAUGUGAGUAUUGUUUACAAGUGGGUGAUCACUUUACCCAACUAUGCCCUUACAAGUUUCAUGUCCCAAAGAACGCAAUUGUUAGCACUAGGUGUGUGAUUCUUUGUAAUCGUUGUGGUUGCCACUUUAGAAACACAUGUUGUGCCAGUUGUGGCCGAAGAGAUGGAUGUGCAGUUAUCAUGGAUUGUUUAAAUUGUGGGAAGAAAGGUGAACACAUGACUUAUAUGUGUCCGAACCGCAAGCGGAAUUCUUUUCGCUCACACACAGUCGUGGACGACGGCGUUGUGUCUCCACUUUUGCAAAUCCACCGGCCAAAGCCAAUCAGGAGCAAGGCUGAUGAAUCGGAGACUGAUGAAUCGGAGACUGAUGAAUCGGAGACUGAAAUACUUUUUGGUCAUGAAUGUGAGUAUUGUUUAAAGGUGGGUGAUCACUUUACGCAAAUAUGCCCUUACAAGUAUCUAGUCCCAAAGAACGCAAUUGUUAGCAGUAGGUGUGUUGUGCUUUGUAAAUUUUGUGGUUGCCACUUUAGAGACUCAUGUUGUGGCAGUUGUGGCCUAAGCUAUGGAUAUGCAGUUAUCGUGUAUUGUUUACACUGUGGGACCAGAGGUGAACACAUGACUUAUAUGUGUCCGAUCCUCGAGGGGAAACCUUCUAAUUUUUCUUGUGACCCUUAUACUGGUUCUUGUUCUUUCAAAAUAAGAGAAUGGAGAGUUAAAGUUAUUUUAAACAUUAAUGUGAAUUACAAUUUAACAAAUAAUUAGAAUUUUUAUUUUAAAUGUUUUUAAAUAAUUGUAAUCUUCCUAGACAUGUAGAGUAACUCACUCCAUGAGUAAAUCUCCUGCAAUAUUUAAUUCGACUCCUACAUGUGACCAUGUAUCCCUAUGUUGAAUGAGAUUGACUGCAUACAAUAAAAGAAAAAAGAGUGGUCUUUUAUGUCGUUUCCCAUCAAAAUACCAUGCUUUUGUUUAACCAUGCAUCCUAUCAUCAUUUGAUGUCUACAUUGCGAUUAGUUUUUAUCGCAAAUGAAUUGCAAUUUGGCAGAACCAAGUGAUAUGGCAGUGUCAUGAAUCAUGAUAUGAGGGCCAAGUAAUGCUUCGACAACCUCUGGAAGUAGUUGGAUAUAAUUGCCAGCAAUGUAAUCAAUGUUACUUCUUCCCACACUCUCAUGAGAAACUGGGAAUGAAUGUGCCCGGGCUGCUUUAAAUUUAAAUUCAUAAAUCAAUUAGAUAAGGAAUUGAGUUCAUGGUUUCUAAAUUUUUCUAUCAUCAAGUAAACUUAUAUAAUCCAUUGUCAUUGAUGCCAGUUAAAGCAAUAAAGAAAUGAAAGAAAACUUAUAUAACCCAUCUAUUUAGAAAAUGUAUCAAGUAAGGUGGUUUUUAUCUCAAUAUUUUGUUAAUUAAGAGACUUGGUUAACAACUAGGCAUGAAUGAUCAUUGUUAUGUGCAUCCUUACAUGGUUUGAAUUUAGUGUCGUGCAUCUGAGGGCCGCCAAGUGAUGCUUCGACAACCUCUGGAAGUACAGUAUAAUUGCCAGCAAUGUAAUCGAUGCGAAAGCAUGUUUACGGUCACUCUAAGCUUACCAACUUUACAAUUGCUUCUCCUCAAUGCAAUUGGGGGUCUAUUAGUUUUUAAUGAUAAUUUAUUAUUCAAUCAAGACUGAAAUGGAAAAAUAAUAUUGAUCCACCCCACGCCUAUAUAAGAAGUAAAUAAGAAUCGACCUUCUUUCAUUCUCCACAAUUCACCCUAAAGCCAAACCGGUCGUUCUUUCUCUCACAACCGUAAAGCCAAACCCCAAGCUCUACAUAACACAGUCAUGGACCACAUCUCAUCUUUGGAGUGCCUGAAAUUGGAUUCCCAAUCGGAGGUGCUCGAUAAGGACAGCGGGGAAAAUGACCUUUUCUUGCCAGCUGUGGUCUCCCUCAAUUGCGAUAAGCCAAUAAUCGGUAGCAAGGCUGAAGAAUCAGAGGCUGCUGAAUCGGAGGCUGACGAAAUGGAGACUGAUGACUCUGAUUCUGAAAAACUUAUUGGAACACAACAAGCGCCCUCCAUGGUCUGUUCAACAGGGGCAACCACUUCCCCCUGCCAAUCCUGUUCAUUAAACUGCUUAUGUGAGGCGUGCCUAGAAAUUGCACAGAGC